AUGAGCAGCACGAGUACCCACUACAAAGCCUAUUCGGCACCACAUGCUUCCUCCUCAUCAAGAAGCAUCAGUGGCAGCGGUGCUCCAUCAAGCCAUCAUCAGCGAUCUUCAUCAACCAGCGGAUCAUCAUCCCGUUCAAGUAGCCAUCAUAGAUCUCAACAUACCAACAAUAAUGGUUCUUCCGUACCAAGUUCUAGCAGGACAUCUCGCUCGGAUGGUAGAGACCGUUCAUCAGGCUCAUCCUCUGCUUCUCGCCAUCAUCAUCAACAAGGACAUGGCAAGGAUAAAAGACGAACUUCUUCAAGUAGAGAUCAUUCAAAAAGUAAGGGCCACCAUUCAUCAUCCAAUCAACAAGCUAGUACAUCAUCUAGUGUAUUGAAAGCACCUAUUGUCAAAAUAUCUGAACAUCCUCUCAAAGAAAUGAAAAGUGCAUUCCUUUGUAACAUGAGAUUUCAAACAGGAUUGCCUCAAAUUCAAUUAGAUCCUGUUAUUUUGGAAUAUCCAGUUGAAAAAGACUUAUCAAAUCUUGUUGAGUACAACACUACAUCUUUGGAAAAGAAUCACAAAUUCGAGUUAUUGACAGAAACCACUAUGGGUGUUAAUAUUAAUUUAAUUAAUCCAUUUGUAUAUAGUAAUAGCACUGGCAGCAACAAACUAGAUCCCGAGGAUGAAGCUUUACUAAAACCUGUGAAAUCCAAAACUGAGGCUAUUGGAGCUGAAAAGCAAGUACUCGAAACAGCAAGACCAUCAUGGCUAAAGGCUCCAACUUAUGUUGAUAUGAUCAACUAUAAGAAUGCUGUGAAAGGAUAUGGUGGAAAGGAUGAAAUGAUGGCUACCGAAGAAAAGGUUGUGAAAAUCAAAGGAAGAACCAUUUCUCGAAGAGAAGAAGAAAAACUUAGAUUUGAGAAGGCAAAACAAUUGGAUGAAAUGUUUGCUGCAGGUACUCUUUGCAAAACUUUACCUGGAGGUGGAAAGUCAAAAGCUGUUGCUUGCUUCUCUCUUCUCCCUGAUAUGGACACAAUGAAUACAAAUUAUUUAGCAGUUAACUUUGGAAGUGAUAACCAUUAUUUGCUAGGAAAGAGAGGUCGCAAACAUCAAUCUGAGUUAACACCUAAGGAUGCAAGUGAUUCAUUAUUACUUAUUAGGCCAACUGAAGAUAUUAUUGACUCUGAAAAGACCAAUGAUGAUAGAUUUGUAGAUUGUGCACAAUAUUAUGUUCCGGUAUCUGCCUCUACUCAAGAUGAAGAUGCUGUUCUCGACCCUUCAAAGAAUGUUGGAAAUAUUGUUGAAAUGGUUCGUGAAUACACUGGUACAAUCUAUGAGAAGAAUUUAUGUAGUGUGAAUAUGUCUGCCGAGAAUCAACAAAGAUUCAAAUUGGCAAACCGUCUGCUUGCCCGUGACAAAAUGUCUCAAGCUGAAAUUGAACCAUGUGUUGCCAUGAAAUUUGAUAGAGACAACUCAAAAUGUUUUUACACCUUCAUCAAGGAAGGAGUUAACUUUAAGGUGGUUGCAAAGAAGAGAAAACGUAGAGUAUUCACAAAAGUUAAAUUGGCAGCCAAGGGUAAUGAGGACGAAGAUGUUCCAUUCGAAGACAUGCAAAAUGUGUUGUCACGUGUGGAUGAAUUCCAAACCAAAGCUUCAAGCUCUUCUGGAUACACUAAGGGUUCAAGAUCUAACGAGGACGAAGAAGGUGGCGACCAAGACAUGGAAGAAGCUCAACAACGCAAUGGUGAAGAUUCCGAAGAGGAAGUCAGAUUAGGUAUUGACGAAGAAGCAGCAACAGAUGAACAACAUCAACCUUCAACAAAGAAGAAGAGAAUUGAUGAUGAGGACGAAGAUGAAGAAGAAGAGGCGAACAAUGAGAAUCUACCAACCUCUCCAAAUUCCGAAGAAGAGGCAACCAACGAAGACAAAGCUCCACAAUCCGAAGAGGAAGACGAAUAA